AUGUUAGUGAAGUCUUGUUUCAUCAUCUUAUUCUUAUUUUUUACAUUUGCCUAUGGAAAACCAAUAAAAGGUAAAACAGGAAAAUCACACGCGAAAGCUCCAAAAAUUCAAUCAAAUACGGAUGCAUUGAAAUUUUUAAAUAAAUUUGGUUAUAAUCAAUGUAGUGGUAGUGUAGAUGCAAAGAUGAAAGGUGAAAAACCAUUAUGUCAAUCAAGUUUGCAAACAAUGAUUGAACAUUUUCAAACUUUUUACCAUUUACCUGUAACUGGUCGACUUGAUGAAAAAACUGUUGCUCUUAUGAAUAAAGCUCGAUGUGGUUUGGGUGAUUAUCCUUUGGCUUGCUCCGCUUUUCGUCCUUGGCCUAAUUCAACAUUAAAAUGGACAUUAAAUAAUGAAGCACCUAAACUUGGAAAAGAUAAAACACGAUCACUUAUAAAAGAAGCAUUUGGUGAUUGGGCACGUUAUGCUCCAUUAAAAUUUCGUGAAGCAGAAGCAGGUGAAAAAACUGACUUCAGUAUUAGCUUUCAAACAGGUGAACAUGAUGAUGGUUAUCCAUUCGAUGGUUCAGGUGGUACUCUUGCUCAUGCUUUCUUUCCAACAGAUGGUAAAGUACAUUUUGAUGCAACAGAAGACUGGACAGAUAAAUAUGUUGAUGGUGCUGGUUAUAAUUUUCGUUUGGUUGCUUCACAUCAAAUUGGUCAUGCACUUGGUUUACCACAUUCACGUGAUCCAAAAUCAUUGAUGUUUCCAUUUUAUCAAUUAAUCCAACCGCAAGACCUACUUCCAAAAGAUGAUCGUGCUUUUAUUCGUGCAUUAUAUGCAACCAGUGCAACAAAUAAGCCGACAACCUUUCGUGCUACUAAAGUUAAAACAACAGCAGCAACGAAGAAAACAACUACACAAACACAAACAUUAUCGGAUGAUCGAUGUGCUCGUUUUUUUGAUGUUGUGUUCGGUGGUUCAGACAAUUGGUUAUAUACACUUGAUUAUGAUAUUGUCUGGCGUAAUUAUCAAGGUCAGUGGGACCCACAAGGACUUCCAAUUACUGACGUAUUUCCUGGUGCUGAACCACAUAUGAUGGCUGGAAUUGUAUCUCCAGUAACAAAAAAAAUUUAUCUCUUUAAAGAUCGACGUGUAUGGCGAUUUUCUCCUCCAAAUACACUUGAUAGUGGCUUUCCUAAACAUUUAUUUGGUACUGGUACUCCAUUUAAUCCCGUAGGUGCUCUUUAUGAAGAAAAACAUAUUUGGCUUUUGAAAGGUGGUCUACUUUUUAAAUUUCAUGAAGAUGAUAUUCGACAUGAAGAUGAUAAACCACCAAAACGUCUCAAUGAACAAUUUCCUGGUGUACCAGCUGAUGUUCGAACAGCCUUUACUUACGAAGGAAAACAUUACUUUUUUACUGAACCUGAUCGAAAAGUAUAUAUUUUUGAUAUAAAAACUAGACGUUUGGAACCUGGUUAUCCAAAGCCGAUGACAACAGGAUGGUUUGCAUGCAAAGGCAAUUAA